AUGUCUUCUAUGUCAUCCCAUCAACCAAUAUCCCCUUCUGCAACACCAGAGUCUGAUUUGCUAUCAGCGAAAAGAGUCGAAGUGAUUUUGACUAUCAACCAGGAAUUAAUUCGUUUAUGCCUCGAGCACCAACAUAUGAGUGUGAAUGAUUUAAGAGAGCCAGAUAUUACAAUUUACAAAUCAAGACUACAAUCCAACUUGACAUAUCUGGCUACUAUGGCAGAUAUAUCCAUGAUUAAAACAGAGGAAGACUUUAAAGUACCUACACCGCCAAAUCUGUCUCUUCUUCCGCCACCUUAUACAAUGACAGGACAGCGAAUCCAUAAACUAUUUCUAACAGCGAACCAAUUAUUCCUUGGUGGAAAAGAAGAAGAGCCGGACAUGUCGCCUUACCCGCAGAAGCAGGGAUACAAUAAAGCAGCGACAGUACGCCAGCGACAGCAACAAACUAGCAGUGGUAUGAAUAGUGUAGGAAGUAUGAGUAGUAAUAGUAGUAGCGCUAAUAAUAACAUGUUGUCACCUUAUCAUCUACACCAUGCAUUGUUAAAAAAUAACCAAAAUGUAGAUCAUAUGCAGCAGAUGAACCCAGGUAUGAAUAAUAAUAGUUUUUUGAUGGACGAUAAUGCCAUGAUGAUGAUGAUGUACAACGCUCAAUAA